AUAGCUUAGUCAGUUAUCAAGCCAUGAUAGGCUUGGCCCAAUUACCACUUUGUCGAGGUUGUAACACGAAAUCCGCGUCUUCAGGGAUAUUUUCACAGCCCCAUAGGAGUGAAAACACACUGGAGUUGAAGUCAACACGCGAUCACUGACUGAACAGAAUAAAUUUGAUCAGAGCGACCCGAGAUUUGCUCUGAGAAAUCUGAUAGAACAACUGCAGUGGAGUCAGGAACUCCCAACAACCUAUCACCCCUCACCACUCACUUGGACUCGCCCCGCAUCAGUAAGCGUGUCGUGAAAUAUCAUUCUGCUUAGUGUAAGCAUUGUAUCGAGGCUUCAAUGUUGUUGUGAGUUGUAUGUGGGACACCAGUCUACCCGAGCUGUGCUGUGAGACUCUGACAGUGGUGACACUGUGCAAUACCCCCUCCCCAAAGGACCAGGAGUAUAUGAGGGCAGGGGAGAGGACUCGGCGUUCAUGUCGUGACUUCCAUUGUCCUGUUCACUGGGAUCGACCGAGUUUAACUAGUGAUCCUGCGCCCGUCAGACUGGCCGCGACUACCCCACUGAGCAGUCACAGGGAGGCAUGGGGGAUUACUCGGCCCCCAAAAGACGAGAUGUCGUAGAUCGUCUCCGUAGGCGUCUAGAACACUAUCGGCAACACCAGCUGGGGCGACACCGGCGUUUCAACGAGGGAUACUCCGGACUUUAUGAGGAACAUCGCCAGCAAACACAACUCUUGCACCACCGCUGGUUGGAAAGUAAGGCCAAGAAGGCAGCGAAACAAUCCAAAGUCAAACAAGACAGCUCCACUCAAGGAGACCACCGCAACCUUGUAGUGACGAAAAAACUCAAGCAGAAAAUCGACGGCACCGCUUCCGAGCCUAACCCCGCGGAGAGCGCAUACAACUUUGACGAACAGGAAUCUCCUGUGAACAAGAGUAGUGUGGGAGGAAAUUCGUGUAUUGACAACAACCAACUGCCUCAUUUGUCGGUGAAGAUUGUCCAACAGAUCAAAUCCCGACCAGAGAAUACUCAGACAAUCCACACAAACGUGACAGUCAGUACCAAGACUUAUAGUUCGGCGGCUGACUCCCCCAAACCCAGUGUCAGUAGUAUCCACACAAGCGUUGAGUGUAAACAGGAGCCCCCUGAAGAUACUCACGGACAUAGUCAUACUGACAAUCAGUCAGCACAGGCUUCACAGGAUAGAAUCUUUGACGUUGGCGAUGUAGAGGAGCUUCAGAACAUCCUCGACACUUUGGAGAAAGAGGAGGGUGAAAUACCUCCAGAUAUAAUAAAGGAACUUGAUAAAUUUGAUGAGAUAUAUGACAAUGUGAAGGUACAAUGUGAAUCACAGACUGAUAUGUUCGGUCCUACUAUUCAGUCUCCAGGUCUGUCAAAACCCUUCCCCGAGCCGGGAAGUGGUUUGAAUAUGUAUGAAUCAAAUAGUGUUGUUCCUCCUCCUAUGAGGAAUCCAUCUAUGUCUAGCAUGUCUGAGGGCACUGGGCCCGCUGCUGAGACCCUCAAACAAAUGGCAGCCCAUCACCAGAACCAGUCUCACAGUCCAGGUUACCCAAUGAAAUCGCCAUCUAUUGACCCUUACAGUGACCCUAACUACCAAAGGGGUAAUGGCUAUGUGAAUUUCCAGCAGCAUCAGGGGUACUCUCCCUUGCCACAGCAACAGCAACAGCAGGGACAGUCCCAACAGGCUGCGAACUUCCCCUUUCCUCCACAGUCACAUAUGCCAGAUGCUCAGUCAUCACAGUAUCCGCAACAUAUACAGAACAAGGAGAUGCUGACGUAUGGGGGAACCAAACCGUUGACACAUUUCUCGGACCACGGCAAUGGGCAACAGCAGCAGCAACCGUCCUCCCUUCAGCAACUUCAGAACCAGGUGCGAACUCAUUUUAACCAAUCGCCCAACCCGCAGAUGCAGAUUACGCAAACGCAGCACAUGCAAGUGUCACAUGGUCAGCAUCACAUGCAGUUGUCGCAGACGCAGCAGCUACAGAUGCAACAGCCACCACAACAGAUCUCACUAACACAGCAGCAAUCCUUCAUGAUGACGCCGCCGCACCCGCCGCAGAGCCAGCAGCAACAGCCGCAGAUGAUGAGUGAACAGAUGAACAUGCAGCAGAUGGAGAAGAUGCGUGAACAGAGGCUGCACCUCAUUGAGCAGCAGCAAUCUCAGUCAGCUGGGCAGAUGCCAGCCCAGUACAUGAAUCGCCCUCCUCCAGAGUAUAAGGUUCCCCCUGUGUCGACACCUCACAUGCAUCCAAAUGCUAGUGGUCAGUUCGGCAGCACUUCUGCGGGAGGGGGCCCUAAUCCCCUGAGAACGAUGCAAAACAUGGUGAAUCAAACUGCAUAUGGUGCAGUUAAGAGUGAAGUGACAUCUUCUCAGACUCAGAAUGGCAUGAUGCAGGCUGCUCACCUGUCUGCCAUACAGUCCAUGCAGUCCAGCACAGUGGCGGGAGGAGGAGGGGCACCUGCUCGUCCUGGACCGAUGGGCCAGCAGAUGCAGCGACCCCAGUACCAGGCAGGCAAUGGACCCACUCCUCCCCAGGCCGCCCCAAGGUCACAGUCAACAUCAACGUAUACCAGUGCAAUAAUGCGCAAUCAGAGACCUCCGAAUGUGAAUGUGGGGCCUGAUGGCCUAAAUAUUUCCCAGCCAAGAAGUGCAGAGUGGCCGCGGCCGAUGAUGCCUGGAACAAGACAUCCGGGACAGGCGACGAUGACUCAGGCAGCUGCUAUGUCUGCGUCAGGCAUGAUGCAGUACGGACCCUAUCCAAACAGUGGUGGCCCAAGCCAAACUGGCAUGAUGCAACAACAACAGCAACAGCAACAGCAACAGCAGAGGCCACAGAUGAACUCCAUGCCGCCCAGUCAGGCGGCCAUGAUGCAAAAUGGCAGCCAGGUGAUGAUGCAACAGCAGAUGGCCCAGAGAGUCACGAUGAGGCCAGGCGCUGCCCCCAACUCCCAGACCACUGCCGCCUAUAACAUGUCGUCGUCAGUGAUGUCAGGUGCCGUGCCGUCAGGGGGUGUUCCAACAAGUGCUACCCAAGGACAAUCUGGUUAUCCCGCCACGGGGUCCACGCAGGACGAUUUCAUGAACUAUUUAGACAAUGCUCACAAUACAAGCCCAGAUUUCUUUGAUAGCAUAGUGCAAGGUGACAAUUUUAAUUUGCUUGACGAAAUUCUGGGUAAGCAAUGAUACCACCUUGCCGGGAACAGGAUCUGUAUAUUUGACACAUAGAAGUGUGUGUGGAAGGAUUUGUUCCAGUGCAAAUACCGCCAGUCGUUCCACAAUGUGUAUAUGUACAUACACGGAAUUCACUAUUUGUGAUUGCAAAAAUCAGCCACGAUUGUGAAUCUUGAGUGCUGACGUGACUUAGCGACUUGGCACGAUGGCGUUGAAUGUGAUGUUUUCAUCAUACGCAAACCUUGUUGGGAGGACGCAUUGUGUAACGCUGGACGAUCGUACAUGACACCCCCUGUGUUGAGUACACGGCCAUCAUCAUUAUCUACCUCGUGUGUGUCUUUCUCCGCUUCGCUGGCCUGACGGGCGGCGUGAGCGGGUCUCGGAUAUUGUGGAUAGUCUAGGGAGUAUGGCAUCUUGUGCUACGUACAUCCUCAGCAACGCAGGACGCAGAGUGACAAGGACUAGUGAUGUCGCUCUUUUGAGAAGUGAUACUUGGACACGUGACGGACGCAUUCACGUGCAUGGUGUUAUGGCGUCGCAGGACUUACUGCAUGAACUAUAGUUCGGACAUCAUCUGAACCCGCUUCUGUGUAUUUCCGAGGUUUUCAGGGACCAUAGCUCGGUAACCAUGGUAACAGACACUGCUGACGAUCUCAAGAUGGCGGAUGACGCCAUAUUGGAUUUACUUACUCCAAGUCAUUCUGCCGAGGUUAGUUCUUGGCGCGGACAUCUGUGCUUCACAGUGAACUAGUUUUGUAGCAAAUAGUAUCUCGAGGACGCUAAUACCUUGGACGGGCGGUCCGGAAUCAGUAGCUCAAAUAGAUGACAUACAUUUUAGAUUGGUUUAAUCAAAUUAUUUUUGUAUUUGAUGAAUAUAUUGACUUAUUGCAUCCUUAUGUCUUGUUGAGAUUGAAAAUGAAUGUGAACUAGCACUCUUUUCCCAGUCAAACACUAAUAUGGCAAUCCAUCGUGCUUAUCCUCGAUCGAUUUGAGAUAUUUGCGGCCGUAUAUCAAAACCUAUCGAAUUGAACCUUGACAUUUCAAUCAGGUUCAGUCAAGCGAUGUAAGCAGGGAUCCACGAAAUAUCAAUAUCAAAUCACACGAAAGCUAUAAAUAUGUCACGCCAAUUUCAAACAGGCCUGUUAUCAACAACUCUACCCAGGCCCUUUCGUGUUGUAACGGGGAGAGUAUACUUGUCAGGACCCUACAUUAGGCUCGGGACGGCCGCUGCUGACAGUGUUAGCGGGACGUUUCCCUUGUAACACUCACUAGGUUUUAAUGUAGUGAGUAUUUAUUUUAACGGUAACUGUCAUCAUGUUGAAUAGUGUCGAAUCUCAAGUUGAGAUUAUUUCCAAAUCGACAUUAAUGGAAUUGUUGACAUAAAACAGUCUACAUGACUUGUGGUUACAUGAAGUUCUGUUCCGACAACCUCAACGACAUGAUGAUGACGUUCACAAUCCAGUCGAUUUCCUUUUGACGCGUAAAUCUGCAUACCUCUUACAAAUGCCUUUAAAUACACAAGGUUUGGGUGAAAUGCGUGAUGUCAAGUAUAAAUAUAUAUUCCAACUAACGAAGUGGAAGUGUUCUAUAUGUUACAGGUUUACGGACAUUUGUUUAAAACACCAAAGUACCUCGUCGGGGUUGGUGUAAAUGUAUUUGCCAUUUGUUAUCAAGAAAAAACUUGAAUGCAAAAUCUGACAAAAUGGCUGUGGCUGUUAGUUUUCAUUUAUUUGUUCGAUUCUCAACAAGACACAAACUCAAGUACCCACAUCGCUAUCAAUCGUGUUACCAACAUGUAUUAUCAUUCCUGCGAGCGAAGUCUAGCUGCUGUUUCUGUACUGUUUACCUGGCAACUAACACCAACUCUUACUCCAACACGACCCCUGGCGGUGGUUUAUUCACACCCUUUACACACGUUAACCUAUCAUGACAGGAACGUUAGAUAUUCAUUGAUUCGUAAAAGCUGUUUAAUGUUAUUUUUUAUCUCGAGUAUCAAGCUGUUGUUAAAUUUGAACUGACAAGUGAUCUAUCUGCUUUUAUUGACAAUUAAGCUAAUUGAAAAAAAAAAAUUCAAAUUUUCAAAGGCUUUGUCCGUGUAACAAUGCUAGAAGUCCAGUUAUUGUGCUGGAGUAUCUGAGGGUACAGCAAAGAACGCUUAUUCACGUCUUUAUCCCAUGCAGGCCGCCAAGCACCACUGUUAUCGCUUAUGGGGGUAUCAUUUAUUAAUCAGUAUUGAAUCUCAUAUCGCCAGUCCGCCCCACAUCUCGCGUGCGCCACUAGCAACCGGGAUAUGCAGGGCAGGGGAUCCCAUCCCGCGUCUUACUCCACCAACAGUGGUAUGUGCUUCCACCCGCAACAGUGGAACAAGCAGCUAGGCUGGUCGCAACCAAGCAUAGGAUGCCUUCGGGCGCCAUCAUAGCAAAUUGACGCUUGAUUUGAUUAAAUCAAAAGGUACUAUAUUUCUCUACGCCACAUCUGUUGUCGACCACGAGUAUAUAUCACACAUGUAACCCCACCCCUGUCAUACGUUAUGGACUGACCCUGGCUGGUGUAAGUCAAGGUCUCCGGUUCUACCAAGGGUAAAAUAUAGGUGUAGUCUUGUAUACUUGCGUAUAUAGAAAACGAUGGUGAAGUACCGGAUGACAUCACCAUGGCAACGACGGGUUUGAGGCUACGUGUAGUCUCUAAACCGGAAGUAAUGUACCCCUGACCGGCAUGUUAUGAAAGAUGUAUCGUUACAUAUUCGAUUAAUCAGCAUCUUUGUCCAAAACUCAUUGCAAACCCUUGAAGAAGCGUAUCCCUACUCAUAUCAUGGCGUUAGUGGUCACCAACGUAUCAACUUCACCUUGCCGAAAUGAAAUUGUUCAAAUGUGUCCCUUUUCAUAAUUUCUAUUUUUUAAUGUAUCACCAACAUUAUCAACGGGGGAAAUAUUGAACUAAAAAGCUUGUAUUUUGUUUAUUUUCAAUGAGUUCCGAAAGACUUGAAAGCAUGCACUUAAUGAUGCGCGUCAACCUCGUCUUCAGCAGCAAUGUCACCGGCUCUGCUCAGUUCGUUAACUGCCUCCGAACUCGGUUACACCAAAUACCCAGCCAAGCGUGUUAUGCUGAAUUUUAUUGAUUUGUUUAUGCUGCGGUGAUGCUCGGCAGGACCAGUCCUCGUACAUUAGACGUUGAGUCCAAAGUGAACACUGAUCUGUCAGCCGUGUAUAUACUGUACUCAUAACGACUACCUUCACUCGCUUAUCGGCCACAGUGAGCCUCAUUCGGCGGCUGACACAACUGACACCGUCUAUUGAGAAACUCGCGCCUCAGACAGUCUCGCGUUCGGAAUUACACAAGUUCACCUCGCAGAUUAAUUCUGAGAAUGGACUGGACAUAUUCUAGAAACCAGACAGACGAAUUGAUUUUUUCGCAAAAAAUGUCAUUUGGCAGUUCCUCGUUGAUUACAUUACUCCCUAGGCUAAUAAAGUAAGUAAUUAGCGAAGCAGGAACGAUAAUGACCCGACUCUCUCACUUGAAUAUAAAAACAAUUGACUGACUGUCAAAAGGCUGAUUUAUUUUACUGGUGAGGCAAAUUUGUCUAGUGGAGUAUAUACGUCAAUGCAAACUGGAAUAGUGCAUAUAGCACGUGGAGGGGGACAGGGGGAGGGGGCGGGAGUUUAUCUAAUGACACUUUCAUUUCUGUCGGAAAUUGGGUAAUUACAGUCUAAAAACCCGACUACCUUCGCGGUAUGAUGAGUCAUAUUAAACCGAGCGCAAGUUUGUGUAAAUGUAUUUCACAUGUAGCAGGUAGACCGGGAGCCGGGCUGAAAUGCCACAUUACUGCAGGCACUGUGACGUAGGGCUGAUAUUACGACUCAGAAACAUCCCCUCCGGAGGGAAGGUGGUUGCGGUGGAUGAGUGACGCACUUGCAUGGCCCGCGUGCUGAAGCCACGGAACACCACCUGGGAUGAAGACAGGGCUAUAGGAUGCCUGGAACACACCCCCUUCCGCCGUCCUUGUUCGGUGUCACAAAUAUUGAAUCGUUUUGAAAGAUAACUUUUUGUUUUAUAUUAUGAAUUUAUAAAGGGGAUUCAUGAUUUUGAAAUAGGUUUGGGGUGAGGGGAGGGAGCGCACUUGACCCAAGUCUCGGAGUGAAUAUAUGCAAGAUGGGUUGGCGUGCAACCUCUCUGGAGAAGGGUGUGGCUGGGAACCUCUCUCUGGACCCGCCAGCGAGUCUAUUCUAAUCAGGGAGUUUUAAUGUAAGUUCAGACACAACGGUAGUGUAUUUGUUACUGACUUCUAGAUACCGUCAACAAAUACCAGUACACAGAGAAAGAAGUUGUAUGCCCAGACAGUAAUAGGGACUGAACACCCCAAUCCCAUACACGCGCAAACAGUAUUUUGGAAUAAAAAGUAGUUGUGUUGAGGUUGGGAUUUGAAUGGGUGUCUGGAUGCCCGACACCUGGUGUCAGGGCGGCGUUUAGGUGAAUAUGAAAGACUCCUUGAUAGAUAUGUGACACCGUGUGCUAUGGCAGAUGUUGUGGUCACGGGAUUUGAUAUCAGACACCCGGUGCUUGGAUAACUUUAGGGGUGUCCGUCAAGCAGCUUUUAUAACCUGGGGCUCGUCUGUGGCCUAGCGACCUAGUUGUCAGCAAGCACACUGCUGUGUCGCCACCACUGUCCCGCGGCCUGGCUUGCACUCGCAGUCGGGAAGCGCUCACUCUAUCUGUGUUUGGCCAAACUGAUCGCGCCGGAUCAAUCAGACGGAGGUCGGCUCCGAAUGACGCCUACAGUGAACUGAGACAAUCAGCCGACCUGUCUAUUGUCGGUGACACAAUUCUCCCGCGUGACGUCACGGGAUCGCACCCAGGCGCCUACUCUAACACUAGGCGAUAGGAAAGCAGUAUGUUUGUGUGAGGAGAAUCCCUCUGCGUGCUGCUUCCGGCUAUGAGGUCACGGGUUGACCUACAUGACUUGUUUACAUCGAUUGUACUCGUCCAGCCCAAGUCGUGUUGAGUGAGAGUGAAGACGGUCACCAACAAUCAUCAACAACCAGUUUCAACUGCAGCAAACCGUGUCCGACUCGUGCGUUAUACGUCGUGUGGAAAACCGCUCCAACAACCGGCCGAGUCUAUUAAUAUGAGGGGGCCUAGGUCAACCUUGCCACCGAAUCUGUAUUGAGAAUUAACGGCGGGUUUUAUUGACUUUCAUAGUGGGAAUGUUAUGUUUUUAAUAUUACACCAAUGAUAACGCCGUGGUUAGUGUUUCAGGAAACUAUUAGCCAGGUAUACAUCAUCGCCGGAGCUUGAACAUCGGUCAAUAAGUACUGGCAAAGUUGAGCACACACAGCAGGGAAUGAACCGACGUAGGGGGCAGGCUGGGAGGGGUAUUGAGCACGAGGCCGGUGACAUUUCUGUGAAUUUUAUCAAUUUAUGAGAGGAUAUUCAUCUUAAAUGACCCUAAGUUAUUUGUAAAUGACAUUAGCUAUCUUGUACGGUGAAGUGUGUGGCUCUAGGCGCGAACGUGGUAUACAUUACCUGUGUGACCAAACUUAACUGGUCAAUGGUAAAGUUUUAUCAGUAUCUAUACAUUUUUAUCAUUUUCAAAGAACCUAAAAAGUUUUUGGAAUGCAUUAUCCGACCGAUAAAAAAGUAUAAAUGGGUAGAAUGGUCCUAUCGUCUAAGCGCGACAGUUCACUGUAGAGUUGCGUCCCUUGGGCGUCUCCGGAUCCGAUGAUCGCGGUUUCCAAUCCAGAUUCAUCCUGACUGUGACCUUUUCACCUCUCAUUAAGCCUUUGCGCCGUGAUAAAACUUAAAUAUUGUUCAAAGAGCAUCACACUCAUACCACUCACUUAAGCACUCUUAGUUGUUCAGUCCAAUCAAAUAACUUCAAACUUCCACACCAAGUCCAUACCACCACCCUGUCACCCUCAGUUUACCCGUCACCCUCAGUUUACCCUUCACCCACAGUUUACCCGUCAAUCUCAGUUUACCCUUCACCCACAGUUUACCCUUCAUCCACAGUUUAGCUGUCACCCUCAGUUUACCCGUCACCCAGUUUACCCGUCACCCAGAGUUUACCCUUCAUCCACAGUUUACCCGUCACCCUCAGUUUACCCGUCACCCUCAGUUUACCCGUCAAUCUCAGUUUACCCGUCAAUCUCAGUUUACCCGUCACCCUCAGUCUCUCUCCCUCCAUUUUCCUUGUAGUUCUGACCGCCAACAAUGUGGAAACGUUGCUGUGUGUAAGAGAGGUCUGACAAUAGUCUGUAACCACGUUACAACUCCAAACACUGACAUCAUCAUUUGUAAACGUGAAAACCCAGGCUUGUCGAAAUAACCAGGCCUUUGAACAUCUACAGUCUCUGUUAUGUAAAGGUAUGCUUUACCACUCGAUCUGGAAUCCCUGGCGUCGCGAAGAGGGGUCAAAUAUUCCUUCAUCCGACAAUAUGUUUGAGCCGAGAGGGUCAGAGCGUGGAUCCUCGACGUCGGGCGAAUUCAUGUAUCAUACACUCACCCAUGUCAUUGCGACCUUCACCAUGUUUUAACCUUCAUCUCAAUUCUUCAUCGUGAUGGCGGAAGUGCUUCAUUUAGUUCAGAGGUGCGUGUCUACCAAUCAAACUACUGCAUCAGUAUCACAGGUCAAGUGAGUGAGUGAGUUAAAAUUUUACAUCACAAUGGCAAUACUGAAGCCAUAUCGCGAUUAGUAGUAAAAGAUUGUCCUGACUUCAUGAUGAGGGCUUCACCGGGCUGUGGCUGUUAAAUAUUUGAGUUUGUUAAAUCGUAAAAUCUGUCUUCAGAGUGGUCUGACGUGGCGUCUCCUUGAAUGCAUUAUGAUGGCGUUGAUGUAUCAACACGGUGUCACAAAUGGCAAAUUGUAUUUUAUGCAAAUUAAGUGCAGAUGCAAAUAUAUAUAUUCCCUGAACUCUGUAAAUGGUCAUGGUAAAGAACUGAAUUUACGUAGCGAGACAACAGCAUUGCCAGCGACCUCUUCAAUCAAAUCAUGUGGGUAAAUCGGCGCUGCGUAUUCAACUCUUGUACGUUAAUAUAUGUUUUUUAUUUGUCGUGGGUUUUAGCCCGCCCCGCUGCUGCUCGCCUAACGACAACUGUUAUUGUGUACAGCCUGCGAUCAUUUGUCAGCCGUCACCCGAAUCUGUCGACCAGUCCGACUGUUCGAUGUUGGGUGGCGACGGUAAUUGUGUAUAUUUUUAUCCGUAUUGUUCUGAUAUGAAUACAACAAAUCGAAUACAA